AUGGAAGUAUCUGGCCACCAAAUCCCAGAGGGAAUCACAGUGGGGUGCCACGCAAGAGUUAUCCAUCUGGAUAAGAGUGUAUAUGGCGAAGAUGCUGUAGUGUUUCGCCCUGAACGAUGGCUAGAAGCAGGCCAGGAUCAGCAAAAGCUCAUGGAACGCUGCGGCAUAUGGUUUGGAGCGGGCAAACGCAUCUGUCUUGGCCAGCAUUUGGCUCGUGCAAAAAUCAUGGAAAUAUUGGCAAUGUUGCUGAUGAAAUUCGAGAUUUCUGAUAAUGACCCCGGUGCGAUAAUGGUGUCCGGAGUAAUGCUGUACGAUACCCAACACAUCCAUACUAUAUACAUGCAAAGCUCAGGUAGUGUUGGAAUCAAUGGAAUCUGGACUACUGCAGUGAAUGGAUUCGGGAAGUGA